AUGGGGCACAACCAGUCGUGGGCCCCCGAGUUCAUCCUGGUGGGGUUCCCCCUCGGCGCGGACAUGGAAGUGCUUCUCUGCGUUGUCUUCUCCCUGCUGUAUGUCUCCAACCUGCUGGCCAACGGCAUGAUCUUGGGGCUCAUCUGGCUGGACGUCAGGCUGCACACCCCCAUGUACUUCUUCCUUUCUCACCUGGCCGUCAUUGACAUGUCCUAUGCUUCGAGCAAUUUGCCCAAAUUGCUGGAAAACCUAGUGAAACAUAAAAAAACUAUCUCCUUUGCCUCAUGUGCUAUGCAAAUGCUUUUGUAUUUGGCUUUUGCUUCCACCGAGUGCCUGAUUUUGGUGGCGAUGUCCUAUGACAGGUACGUGGCCAUCUGCCAGCCUCUCCACUACACGGUCAUCAUGAGCUGGAGACUGUGCACGGUGCUGGCCAUCACUUCCUGGGCUUGUGGCUUUUCAUUGGCCCUAGGAAAUCUAAUUCUUUUUCUGAGAUUGCCCUACUGUGGGCCCAGGAAGGUGAACAACUUUCUCUGUGAAAUCCUAGCUGUUCUCAAAGUGGCCUGUGGGGACACUUGGAUCAACAAACUUUUUGUCCUUUCUUCAGGUACAUUUGUCUUAGUGGGGCCCCUGUCCUUGAUGUUGGUCUCCUACACACGCAUUCUCUUGACCAUCCUGAAGAUCAAGUCAAAGGAGGGCCGCAGCAAGGCCUUCUCCACCUGCUCCUCCCACCUCUGUGUGGUUGGGUUUUACUUUGGCAUCGCCAUCAUGGUGUAUGUGGCCCCAGACAAUGGCCACCAAGAUGAGCAGAAGAAAAUCCUUUCCCUGUUUUACACCCUCUUCAACCCACUGCUGAACCCCCUCAUCUACAGUCUGAGGAAUGCCCAAGUGAAGGCUGCCCUCAAUAGAGUAUUGCAGAAGCAGAGGGUGCUAUAA